UGAUCGUAUAUUUCUCUAUCUCUUAGUAUGAACAAGUAUCAAAAAUGCUUUUGAAAGGAUCUUCCAUCAUGUUUCUGUUGCGAAAAAUUAAAAUAAUAAAAUAUGCAUCAGAGAAGUAUUUUUACAGGUAUUUUGAAUAAUGGGAUGCCUGUCAUCAAGAAUUACCGUUGAAGAUAACUCGAGACCUGUCUUUCAUGUCUGGAACAUAGAUGAAGAUGGACAUUACAUAAAAUCUUGCCACAUACAAGUGACCGACACAGAGCUGGUGCUCCACCAGCGGGGCGAACGCCCCAUCAUUUGGCCCCUUCAGAGCCUGAGAAGAUAUGGCUUCGACACAGAGCUCUUCUCCUUCGAAUGCGGCCGCCGAUGCACCACGGGACCGGGCAUCUACGCCUUCAAGUGCAAGGAAGCCGAGGCCCUCUUCAACGCCCUGCAGGAGUGUCUCCUCAUCCCCCGAUCGGACAGCGAAGCCGUCACCAACGGAAACGGGGACGAAACGGAGCCCCAUUCGUCGCUCGUCGGCGACGGUUCCGAGAUGGACAGUGCCCUGCUGAUGAGGGAAGUCGACGACAAGUACGAGAACGGAUUCGACGCCCAGCCCGGCACGUCCGCCAUCAUCAACGGACACCCGUCGAUCGCUCUGAGGAGGGAUCCCAUGCCUUCUGCCCCCAUGCCCACCCCGAGUUUGAGGUCGACGGUGAAGAAGAAGCGCAGGCAUUCCCCUUUGACGGAAUUCAUGAUGAAAAAAUCCAACUUGGGCCUGCCUCCUCUGGGAACCUUCUACGCCGGGACGAAGUUCCUGCCCCGGUGCUGCACCAUAGGAACGUGCAUCAAUGCGUCGAAGCAGCACUACAUGAACGACAAGGUGCUGUCCAAGACCACGUGCGGUUCUUGCCGAACGUGCUCCCUCAACAUGUGCGUAGUCAAGACGAAUUCCAGUUCGGUUACCUAUUCGGACAGAGCCAAACAGACGGACUACGGGAAUGUCUUGGACCACGGAGGCCAUCCGCGGAACUGCGUCCACUGUUGCUGCGACUUCAAGCCCACCCAGAAGAUGGGUUGCUCGGCCGACAACUGCCCUCUCCACUUCAACAACUGUGUCGAUCAGAUCACGAAUUACGCUCGCCUUGAUAGCCACAACAGGCAAGAACAUGGAGAGACGUCGACUUUGCGGAAAGAAAAGCCUUACCAGAUGCAACAGCCUUACUCUCACCUGUACACCCACAUACCCACGCCGGUGCCAAAGUGGCCCAAGACAAAGAGCAUGUCCUGGAGAUCCCUCCCCCAGUUCGGCGCGACGUCGUCGCUCAACCGCCCUGCUCCAAAGAGAUCGACCUCCCACUGCUAUGCCAACGUGUGCGACUCCUCGAAGGACAAGGACGGCACCGUUCCGAAGGACAACAAGGACAUGGACUCAGAGCCUAAGACCAGCUACAUCAAGCUGGACCUCGGACAGAAGCGCGAUUCCGACGGGAGCCUCGCCGUCCUCUCCUCCCUGUCCAACUCUCCGAAAGGGAGCGAUCCCGACAUGUACGCCAAGAUCGAUUUCGACAAAACCGACGCCUUAUCGAGUGUGGCCAACCAGACGAGGUUCGCCGAAGACGCCGCUGGGAGACCCAGACAUGCCCACGUGUCGUCUGCGGGAACUCAGACAUAA